AGAAGUUACAGUAUUAACUAAACGCUCGCCGGGUGCAGAACUUAAAAGCAGUGGAAAAAAAAUUGAAAUAAAAUCAAAAGAAAAAAUAACAUACCAAUCGAUAUGUACGGAAAAGUUUUGUUGUGUUUGGCUUUUGUUGCCGUUAUCGCCUUGCCGCUGGCAAAUUCCUUGAAAUGUUACGAAUGCCGUGAUGUGAAUUCCUGCAAAAAUCCCACUACCGUGCAAUGUAACCAAAUAAAUGCCAAUGCUACACGUGAUGCUCUGCUGAAUACCUAUCAUAAUGUUCAAAUUACUAAUACCACAAGAUACGCAUGCUAUGUUGGUAUUUACAGUGCUGGCAAAGCAACAGUUUUCGAUGUCCGUGGCUGCAUUCCGGACGAUGCCGUCAGCUGCAGUGCCCCCCUCGUGAACUCAACUUGGGUAAAACAGACCUGUGAUGUUUGUACCAAGGACUCGUGCAAUAAGAAGAAUUCCGUUGGAACCUUCUCCUCUAGUAUUUUUACCAUGAUUGGUCUCCUAUUUGUGGCUAAAGUAUUUGUAAAUUAAAUUAUUUAAAUUAUAUUUUAGUCUACGCAGUA